AUACCUCCACAUCGCGUCCAGCAAAGCCCCGCCCCCUCAAGGCCUCAGGCCUCAGGCCUCAUCCAUCGACGUCUAUGCGCGCCAAACGCGGCUCACCUGAUUGAUGAAGCGCAACUAGCUGGUCUCGUUUCAGACGCAUACGUCCGUGCGGCUUCAAGCAUCGUUGUAGCGAUGCAAGUGGCUCUGCCUCCGGCAGCUCCAUUGCGGCACGUCAGCGGAGCGGCGACUUGUACGAGCGCAUGGAAAGGCUCUCCCUGCAGACGCUCGCUCCCGCUCCGCCUCCGUUUGCCACCGCGCGACUGUGUUUCGACGCCUUCUAGCACGGUUACUCACACCGUGUUGUGCAAUGGAAGCGAAUGCUUCAGAGGGGCGACCGAUCAGCGGUUCGGUGGCCAGGGUUUUUCCUCCUGCCGCGGCUUGCCGGUUAGCAUCGUGGACACCUCGUCGCCAUCAUCGAUGAUGCUCACGGCAUGCUCUGUCCUCCGCGAAGCCGCACUCGGGUGACAUGCCGAGGGCAGCGUCGCUUUUGACAUACAAUGCCCCGGGGACCCGGCAGACCGAGUGCACGCCUGCGCUGAAUGGCCUGUAGGGCACGC